GUGAGCACAUGGCAAACAUUCAUCAAAGGUUUCACAAUUAACUUUACGAGUGAAUCACACGUGUUGAUAUCGCCGAUAUCACAUUAAGUCCUGGUGGUCUAAAAUUAAACAUGAGAUGAGGUUUGGUAUUUUUGCACCUUUCAAUAAACUUCAUUCCGAACAAUCUCCUUGCCUUUGCCUGGAUUGUUAGUUAAUCUUCGAUCAAUUCAACAAUCAUUCAAAUGAGUAAUUCAAUCGAUAAUCGAACGGCUGUCGACCGUCUGCGAGCGUUAUUCAACAAUCCUAAUCCUGAACCCGAAUAUGAACCUAUCUCGAGCAGUUCCAGCAUUCACGAAGACGAUGUACGCAGACCCGUCCUCGUCUUACCAGAUCAAGCCGAAACCGAGCCGUUCUCAUGGUUCGAGUAUGGAAUCUUCAUGUUGAUCGGAGUGGCAAUGCUUUGGGCAUGGAACAUGUUCUUAGCAGCCGCGCCAUACUUUCAGAGCCGAUUCCAAGACAGCGAGAGUAUUCUUCAACAUUUCCAAUCUGCGAUUACAUCUGUUGGAACGAUUACGAAUCUUGGCUCCAUGCUACUCCUGAGUCACCUACAAUCGAACGCCUCCUACCCAAAGCGAAUCAUAGCCUCCCUCGUCCUCAAUACUGUCGUCUUUACGCUUCUUGCGAUAUCCACCUCAUACUUUCGCGAUGUUUCGUCUAGCGGCUAUCUAACUUUCACAUUGAUAAUGGUAUUUGCGACUUCCUGCGCAACGGGGCUCCUACAAAAUGGGGCAUUCGCUUUCGCAUCAAGUUUCGGCCGACCAGAAUAUAUACAGGCUAUCAUGACGGGACAGGCGAUCGCCGGAGUCCUGCCAUCAGCUGCACAAAUUGCUACUGUUUUAGCUGUUCCACCGCCAGACCAUUGGGCUGAUGUAACUGCAGAGGUUGCAGACGUGAAGGAAAAUACAACUUCAGCUUUUGUCUAUUUCUUGACGGCUACAGUCAUCAGUGUUCUAACAUUAGUCUUUGUCUACCCCUUGCUUCGGAAGCAGAACCGAGUCCUCGAGAGUCGCGCGGCGUCGUCAGCUGACAGUGACGAAGAGAUUGACGAAAACAGUAAGCACGAGGUUGUCGGUAUGGUUAGACUAUUCAAAAAACUUCAUUGGCUUGCAGGAGGAGUAUUCAUGUGUUUUACUGUUACAAUGUUCUUCCCGGUAUUCACGUCAAAGGUGGUUUCGGUAAGGCCUGCCGAUGGAGCCCCUCGAAUACUUCAACCCGAAGCUUUCAUUCCUCUAGGGUUUUUGGUCUGGAAUAUCGGCGAUCUUUGUGGCCGUCUGCUUCCACUUCUACCUUUUCAUGCCAAGGCACGACCUAUUCCGCUUUUCAUAUUCUCUAUCCUUCGUAUUGGAUUUGUUCCUUUGUACCUUCUCUGUAACAUCGAAGGUAAGGGAGCGAAGGUCAAUAGCGAUGUAUUCUACCUUCUCGUGGUUCAGGCUGGAUUCGGAUUGAGUAAUGGCUGGCUCGGCAGUUCUUGCAUGAUGGCAGCUGCUGAUUAUGUUAAUGAAGAAGAGCGAGAAGCAAGUGGGUCGUUCAUGAUGACCAAUUUGGUUGCAGGUUUGAUGGCUGGAUCUUUACUCAGCUUUGCUGUAGCUGGAAUUUCCUAAUCCAUCAACGUCUACUUAUAUAAGCAUUGGUUUGUAUCUACGGGAUGGAGUUUAGAGGGAUAUAAUGCAUGGCUUGGCGUUGGGAAAUACUUUACUAAUGACUGAGACGAAGAUUGUCUAUAUCAUGGGAUAUUUAUGGGAGGGGAGUCUGGAUUUCAAGUUUACAUGAGAAUAGCGAAAGAAUUUCAGAUUGACAUUCUACAAUGUUUACAUAACUUUGUUUGAUGUGAGACGAUUGUGCCAAUAUCUUGUAAAGUGAUAAUGAGACGGCA